AUGAAAGACAUAGGAUCUCUUGCAUCGAUAUUUCUGCUUUUAAACCUUGCUAGCUCUGCUGCUGCACUCUGGGGCUUAUCUCUCCCUGUUUCACAACAGCAGCAGCCGCUAGUUCCUGCGCAGGGUCAGCAAUCCAUCAUGGACAAACUCAUCCCAGAUAUUCUCAAACCCCAGACGACGGAACCGAGUGAGGAUGUCGUUGGUGGAGCAGAUCAACCAGUUGUCUCCGAUGUUCUUCCAAAGACCAAAGGCAUCAACAUCUUUGCCCAGAUGACCCGAGAUUUCGACUCGAUCUCCUCGCGCCUCAAUGACGCCUCCCGCAAUAUCACAGUCCUAGCCCCUCGUAACAGCGCCGUGCAAGAUCUACCGCGCAAGCCAUGGGAGGAUCCCGAAGACUACGCUAAAUUUGGAGAUUUGAGUGCGUAUGAGGGCACUGAUGGACAGGAGCGGGCGAGACGCAAUCUGCGGCGUUUCGUAGAGGCCCAUAUCGUUCCUGUCAGCCCGUGGCAUGCCGGCGAGGAAGUCGAAAGCCUGGGCGGGGAGAAGCUAAAGUGGACAAAAGAGGGUGAUAAGAUUAUUCUGCAACCGGGAAACAUCGAGGUGAAUUCUAUUGCCGAGAAGGUCGCAAAUGGAGAAGUCUGGGUGUUGAAUGGGGUGAUCAACUACCGCUCGGAUUGA